GCCUUAUACUUCCUAAGCUCGGGGUUUCUAGGACCUACCAACUUUGCUAUGCAUUUCUUCUUCUUAAUACAAAGCAACUUAUUAGCCAACUGUUUCGUCAAUUGAUUCUUAGGCUGGGACUUAGGCUGGGUAUGAAGACUAUUGUUUGGUUUCGCGAGACGCUUUCGUGUCAGCGUGUAAGACGAUACCAGGGUGUAUGUCCAAUCAGAAUUGAUGAUGGACUUUUGGACAAAUCAAGCUACUUGACUUUAAGAAGUAAGCGAAGCACUUUGCCUUGGCUGGAUCAUCAGACGGACCAUUAGACGGACUAUCAGACGCGUCGCAACUUUCGAAAAUGGCAAGCCCAAAAGUGCGAUCCUCAUGCGACUCGUGUGGAUCGGCCAAGGUCAAAUGCGAUCGCAGUCGGCCCAGGUGCCGCCGUUGCGUUACCCUAGGUAUCGAUUGUAUAUACGGCAUCUCACGCAAACUCGGCAGAGCACCGAGAAGGGGGCUAUCCGCAAGAGCUGAUCCCGGAACUACAAUUAGAACAUCUACACAAGCGCAGAGAUUAUUACCCGACACUAAUACAGAGAGUUUUAUAAAUCCAGCCUUCGAAGAGCCAAGACGAGUACAUGAGACAUCACCAUCCGCAAGCAACACUGACGUUCCAUUAUCAAGCACUUAUAACCACGACCAGCUGGGGGGGUUUCAUCUAUUUAACCCACUAGAUAUCGAGCAGUGGCCUCAUUUUGACUUCUCAGAUGUUGGUGCUCAAAUCCACGGCGCCCAAGAUAGCCGUGCAUCUCAUAGCUGCGCCCGGGAGUCAUACGAGAUCUUUGCGGAUCUGAUCUGCCCUGCUCCGGAUCUUCACGCUCCUAAUGCUAACUCGGAUACUGUAACGGCCCGGCUGGAUCAGGUACUUCACUUCAAUAGGAAGGCAAUCGACCGACUAAGUGGCCUUCUAGAGUGCUCUUGCGCCAAGUCUGGCCAUAGAGUUAUGGUUCAUGCAUCAAUCAUCUCUCGGAUCUUAAUAUGGUAUCAGCAGGCCGCUGGAUGGCCUUCUGAUACGUUGCAUACCGCCGAUGCUAUAUCCUCUUCGGCUUCUUCAUCCUCAAAACCCGGCGAAGCGGCUGGCGCUUGUUCCCCUAACCUGCGAAUAUUGCCCCGAACCACAGGCUUCAUCGUUACUGACGUACCGGCUACGUUAGGAACGUUCAGCAUUGAGGACCAGAAAAUGCAGGCUUCUAUCAGGAACCACUUAGUUCUAAGCGAGCUAAACAAGAUGUCGGCCCUCAUUGAUCUUUUUAGUUCACAUUUCUCGGACGAGUCGUCAGUUGCUGGAGCGGGUAGCCUCUAUACGUAUAUCGCAGCGUGGCUUCGGAACGAGUACGACAAGACGAUUGGAGAUCUGAGAGCCGAACGUAUAGCUCUAAAUGAUAUUUCAGGUACCUAA